GGUCAGCAUUUACCAUUAAGGAACAAGAAUUUGACAAACAUUUUUGAGAAAACAAUUUCUUUUUGCCAAUAUAAAAGUUAUGCUGAGUGGAGAAUAAAGAAGUUUCAAGUAAGGACCCUCCCUCGGCUGGAAAGCUGCUCCAUUUUAUCAAUUUCGACAGUCAUAAAUCGAACUCGAGCAUACUUCCUACAAAAGAGUAUGCAAAUGCAACAAAAUCUUCUUUUUAGAUCCAGUCCAGCUAUAUGCCCUCAUGGUGUGUGGGAUCUUAUCCCUGUUUAUCUGAAGCAUCACGUUGAUCCAAUCAAACGCAAGAUGCUACAUACGUCAAUUCAGCUUAUAUUGCAAAGUAGAGCUAAAAGAUGUGGCUUUUUAGUUAAUUGUCGUUUUGGAAGCAUUGACUACUCGAGUAAUGAGCAGCAGGGUUUUCAUAUAAAUGGUGAGGAGAUUUCUUAUGAUUUAUACAAUGUAUCCAUUUGUGAGUUGUGUAGUGAAGGUGACGUUGAUAAGGCAAUGGGGUUGCUUUCCCAGAUGGAGGCUUUGGGUUUUCAUGCAAAUUAUUUGUCUUAUUCCAGUUUGAUCGCUGCUCUUGGAAGUGUUGGCAGGACCUUGGAAGCUGAUGCAACCUUUCAUGAAAUGUUAUCUUCUGGUCGCAGGCCAGGGGUAAAGGUGGUCAAUACGUUACUUCGGAGCUUCUUGCGAAAAGGCCUCUUAAGGCUAGCAGAUAAGGUCUUGAUGUUACUUGAAGAUUUGGAUGUUGAGAGAAACUAAGAAACUUAUGAGAUCUUGCUUGAGUAUUAUGUCAAUGCUGGGCGAUUGGAGGAUACUUGGUCGAUUGUCUCCAAAAUGAGGAGAGAAAGUUAUCGUUUAAAUUCUUUUGUGUAUAGUAAAAUAAUUGAACUGUAUAGGGACAAUGGGAUGUGGAAAAAAGCACUAGGCAUUGCCACAUUCACUGUCAUGAAUUAGGAUGCAUUCUCAAUAUUUAUCACAAGUCACAUUCUCUUCCAAUAAUGGAGCAUAAUCAUAGCGAUGUAUUUUAUUAUUUGUCCAUAUCAAUUUGAUGGUAAACAUUACCCUCACCUUUUCGAGGAUAUGUUUUUGAGAAUCAUU